UAAAUCUGACUAGUUUACUUUUGAAUUGGUUGAUAUUACGUAUCUGUUGAAUAUUCGAAGGUGAGCUGUUGUAUAGUUUUGGACACAAGUAUUGAUGACAUUUCUGGCCCACCGAUUUAUGCACACGAGGACAUUGGAACUGCUUACGAUGCCUAGUACUAUAAUCAUGGGUCAAGAUCAAAACAGUGCAAGUCAGCCUAAUUCCACUCUUAGUCCAGAGAUCUUCUAUAUUCAUGUUCUGGAAUCAGGACCCUAUCAGUCGUCGGAUCCACUGUCGAGCUCAAAAAUUGACAUGAAAAAUCUUGCUCCUCCACCAUACCAACUCGAAGAAACAAGUCCAUGCGAAUCUUCAGUGGAAAAGCCUCCAAAUUAUCAGAUAUCUAUUGAAUGAACUCAUGGUCACAAAUUAUGGAUGUGAUUAUCUUAUCUCCGAUAUUUAGAUCUUCAGAACGCACGAGACAAGGUCAACGAAAAAUAAUGAAUUGUUGGCCAUGUGGGUGAAUCGAAAAAUGUGAUUUUAUGGUGAACGAUGCUCGAAAUGUCCAAUGAAAAUACCGAAAUGAAUCAGUCUCUUUCGUCAUAUGUAAUAUCAGAGACAGAUAAUUGAAAAGAAUGGAAUAUAGAGUGAAACAUAUGUAGUCAAAUCCAGCAUCAAAAGAUAGUUCGAAGAGUUGUUUCUAUGAUAAAACAAUUUCUCAAAUACAUUUUUAUUUCAUACUAGUUCAUUAUUGCUCAGUUAUCCACUUUAUACUAUAUAUGUACUGUACUAUAGUUUUCAAAUAUAUAAAACUAUCUGUAUUGGCAAGUA